CUAAAAACGUAAUGCAAGCCCACAUACGUUUUCCCUAAACAUUAUCCAUUUAGUAGAAUCGAGAUGUACUACAGUCUGCGACUAAGUACUGUCCGCAUUCCACAGAGUCACUUUUUAUUCGGUACUCGCUUAGACCCGCCCAGCGGAGCCGCCACAUUCCUAAGGCUGUUUUUUACGCUGUGUGGUCGCGGUUUCCGCUGAGGACGGCAACGCCGCGUCUCAAAUAUGAAUGAAAUCCGGUCGGCGGGGGCGGUGCGGCAACGUCGCUCCAGACGCUCCGUUGAUUGAGAACUACAUCUCCCGCGUCGGCCCUUCUUUCGUACUUCACUUGUUUGUAGCGACUGAGUGCAUACGCACUAUACAUUAAUAGUUAUGUCCCAUAGCGCGGUCAUAACAUCUGUCAAAAACCGCACGUGACGAUUCCUUAGUUAAUUUUAUAGUAAUUCACGUUGGUCAGAUAUAAAUUAUUUUUCUUUAAUACCAAUGUAUUGAUGUGGGUCGAUAAUCGUUAUCUACAAUUUCUUAGUGAAAAUUUAUAUAAGAAACUUGGCUUAAGUUUCGAUUUGUUAGGGAAUAUAAUAUCGACAAGAGUUCAAUUCAUUGUAUACAGCUGUAUGUCUUUUAUUUCAUAUUAGGUUUUAGUUAAUUAAUCGGUCAUGAACUGUACAAUUUACGAUGUGUAAUACGUAACAAUAUUUAAUACAAAUACGUAGAAAAUCAAAUCUGCAAUUUUGAUGUCAUGUGAAACAUGAAAUCGCAUACAUUUCGAAAACUGUAGCAGACCCCACACAGCUGUAACUGUACAGGCACCCCACGUAGAAAGAACCCUUCGUAUACGCACGCAUGCGUAGAGGGGCAGUCAAUAUACCCAAUGCAGUCAGAAUACGUACGAUGCCCGAGUCCAUCUGUCCUCCAUCAGAGUAUAACGAAAAAAACCUAUUUUUUUUACUGCUAGCUUUAAUGUUAUCUAUAGAAAUGUGUGAUUUGAGUGUUACGUGAAAAUAGUGUUUCAUUAAACUACAAAAUGCCUAUUCUAGUGGAUAGCAAACUCAGAAAUGUGGCCGCCAACACUGCUUCGCCCAUAACGCCUCAGAUGAUGAGCCAAUUGUUCAAGAGACGACCACUAGUAGGCCAACUAGUCUUACCGACGCCAGGAUGCGAGUCAAACUCCACUUCACCAUCAACGUCACCAACGGCAGUUUCGCCUACUUCUUCCACCGAUAAAACUGACAACCGGGAUCCACUGAGUUUCUAUCCUGAAGACAUGCACCGAGAGGAGGAGAGGCUCAAAACAUUCGAUAAAUGGCCAGUAACGUUCAUAUCGCCGGAACUUCUCGCUAGAAAUGGAUUUUACUACCUCGGUCGCGGUGACGAGGUGCGUUGCGCCUUCUGUAAGGUGGAAAUAAUGAGGUGGGUGGAGGGAGAUGACCCGGCUCAGGAUCAUAGUCGCUGGGCGCCGCAGUGUCCCUUUCUGAGACGUCAGAUUGGUGCUGGAAACGUCCCUCUCGAUGCAGCUGUCAGUGGAGGUCGCGAUGAAUGCGGUGUGAGAGCGCCGGUCACCGCGGCGCCUGUGCGCAUGCCGGGCCCCGUACACUCCAGAUACGCGUCUGAAGCUGCUCGUCUUCGCACCUUUGCCGACUGGCCUAGAAGUAUGCGCCAAAAGCCAGAAGAACUGGCGGAAGCUGGCUUCUUUUACACGGGUCACGGCGACAAAACCAAAUGCUUUUACUGUGAUGGGGGCCUUAAGGACUGGGAAAAUGACGACGUCCCAUGGGAGCAACACGCCCGUUGGUUUGACCGAUGCGCUUAUGUCCAGUUAGUGAAGGGUCGCGACUACGUACAGAAGGUCUUAGCCGAAGCGGCUAUCGCCGAGGCGCCUAAGAAGGAGAAAGAUACGUCAAUCGGAGACCCCGCUCCUCCCACGAGUACGAACCCUAACACGAACACAAACACCGCGCCUGAGAACGAAGACACCCCCGUGGAGGACACGAAAUUAUGUAAAAUAUGUUUCGCCGAAGAAAGAAACGUGUGUUUCGUGCCCUGCGGCCACGUGGUGGCCUGUGCCAAAUGUGCCCUGUCCACAGAUAAAUGCCCGAUGUGCCGAAGGACGUUUACGAAUGCAGUGCGCCUGUACUUUUCGUGAGGCGAGUUGUAGACUGGACUCGAUGCUAGUCAGAUCCGCGGGGUCUAUGCGUGCGCGAAACCACGCUCUAUGACCGCUUCAAACUGUGAUUUUACCGUUUAAUUGUUUGUUUUAAUGAUUCAAAGCGGUGGGGCAGCUUUCGUCUCGCCGAGAGUUGUGCGACAAUUCUCGGCGCGCCGAGAGGAUUUCGAAUAAGACGCGAUUCACGUAAAAGUAGAUGUUAAAAUGAUUUUAAAUUAUUUAUUGUUUAAAAAUUAUAAUGUCGUAUUUAAAUAAUCUAUUGUAAAUAUUUUAUAGCUUAUCAUUUUGUCCCACCGGAAAAUAGAGAAGGUAACGUAGUUGUGUGACCCAUGCAGUAUGCAAUGUUGACAAUUUACACUUUGGAACCGUACAAUAGCUAUACAUGUCAACUAUAUACUUUUUUCUAUUAUCUAUUUCAUCUAUCUACUUCUGAAAAACAAUACAUCUGACAUUGUGUACUGUAUUGGAUUAAACUAAACAUGUAUAAUUUUGAUGUUUUAAUUAUCUAUUAAUUUAUAAUAAUUAUUACUAUUUCAGAUUAGAAAUUAAAAUUCAGUAAUUGUAUUUUGAUGACAUUGAAUGAUAAUGUAAAUAAUUUUCAUUUGACAAUAAAGUUAAAAUUGGAUUAUUAGGUAGACAUAAUGAUAAGCGGGAAUUUCUUAGCACGGUCACUAAAUCAUAAAGUUCAAAUAACUUAUUUUUUGUCACCAGACUGCAUCAUAUAAAGUACUGAAAAAUAUUUUAACCUGCAAUUAAGUUCCACGAAGUCAACAAAUACGGAAUCGAUACUGAGAAUUUUUAAAACAAUAAAAUGUAACAAGCCAUAUCAUGAUAUAUAACUUUUCACGCAAAUAAUAGAACUCCAUACUGAUUUUUAGUUAUAGACAUGCAAUUUAGAAUUACUAUAUCACUGAAAAUAAUUAUUAUUAAUGAGAGAAUUUAUAAAAGUCAGAUUCAAUUUGUUUUUGUCAUAGGUAAUUAUUAUUUCGCCCUGUUGAUGUUAUAAUAAACAAAAUGUUAAAAGA